AUGCAGCCAGUGAUUAUUGGGGUCGCUGAUAUCAAGAAUCGGUCGGUAGCGGUUAAAGAUGCGAAAGAACCGGCUGAUUUAAUUCUGGAGGCUAUCAAUUCGGCUAUUCGAGAUGCAAGCGACCGGCCAGAAACUGCUUCACGUCUACGAUCUAGCAUUGAUAGCAUUAGUGUUGUUCGAACCUGGACUUGGGACUACCCGGAUCUUCCAGGGCUUCUCUCUCUGCAUCUUGGGAUUAACCCUGGCCAUCAGGUGUAUAGUGACCACGGGGGCAAUCAGCCUGCUAAGCUUCUUGACGAAGCAGCUCUCCGGCUUGCGACUGGGGAUAGCAAAGUUGCUGUGCUUACGGGAGGGGAAGCACUAGCUUCUUUGGCCUCCUGUGUUAAAGAGAAGAAGAUGCCCCCCACUGGAUGGUCCCGACCGUCCAAGUCUGUCAAAGAUCAUGGAUUUCGAGCACACCGGGGCCAGUCAGUGAGCGAAAAUCACGAAGAGUCUGCUUUUCUCUAUGCCAACUUCAGCCAAGUCGCGGCUCGCAAUCCAUAUGCCUGGAACUAUGGUCACGACGCCGAGACGAUGAAGUCUAUUGGAACGGUGUCAAAAAGAAAUCGUAUAAUUUGUCUUCCGUGUAUAACAUCUCUGCUUCACCUCACUGUAGUUAUCUUACUAAUCUGUGUUGCAGAUCCCCUCCUGAUGAAUGCAUUCAACACUGUCAAUCUAGCCGCUGCCUGUGUUUUAACCACGACGGAGUAUGCACAGCAGCUCCAGAUCCCCAAAGAUAAAUGGAUCUAUCCACUAAGCGGGGCCGGCUACAAGGACAGCGAUUACUUCUGGGAACGCCCGAAUUUCUUCGAAUCUCCUUCUGUAUCAAAAUCGCUAGAUCAGUGUCUCAGCUCCAGCCAAAUUGACCGUGACGAGAUUGAUCUCUACGAUUUUUACUCAUGCUUUCCGAUUGUUCCAAAGCUUGCCUGUCAUCAUCUAGGGCUUUCUAUCACAGAGCCAGCAAAGCCUAUCACCGUUUUAGGCGGGCUGACGUCGUUCGGUGGAGCCGGAAAUAAUUAUUCGAUGCAUGCGAUAACCGAGAUGGUCCGUCAGCUGCGGCAGGGUGUUGGGCGCAACGGAAUAAUUCUUGCCAAUGGUGGAGUACUUUCAUACCAGCAUGCAAUCUGUAUCUCCUCCCAGCCACGGCGAAACAAUUCCCCUUACCCUGACAGCAAUGCACUCCGGAAUGUGGUCAAGGAGUUUGUGCCCGUGAUUGACAUAGAGGCUGAGGGCAAAGCCAUUAUCGAGACAUACACAGUUGAGUUUCACCGAGAUGGUUCACCGAUGCGAGCUUGUGUGGUGGGCCGAUUGAUAGACAACCAGCAUCGGUUUAUUGCGAACGAUGGAGACCACUCCACUUUACAGCUGUUAGGGUCCACGAGUGAUGAGCAGAUUGGGAAAGUCUGGAUUGGUUGGGCCUAUGCUAUCUGGUUUGCAAAACGCGCCAAAGAGAAGAUGCCUCAGACGAUCUUGUACGGACUUGGGAAUAAGGAGGUGACCUCGACGCUGUCCGAAGAUCUGGAAGUACGCACAUGUCCCUCCAUGAAAGCCCUAUUCCUGCAGAGGCAUGUGAGUGAAGAAGAGAAGUAG